GAAGGAACGUGCCUUGGAAGGGAAAAAAGCGAGUGAGCAAACAGCGAAGGCGCCAAAAGCGUGCUGCUUUCUUCUGUUUCUUUGUUUUUGGUUUUUUUAGAUUUUUUUAGAUUUUAUUUAUUUAUUAAUUUUGUUUAUUUAUGCAAAAUAUUCUUCAAUCCUCUCACUCUCAUAACUCGCUCAUGAAUUAGUUGUAUAAGUAUCACAACACUCUCGCUCUCGCUCUCGCACCAUCUUCGUCUCCAAAUCCCCAUUCUUUUGGGUUUCGCAUUCGGAUUUUUUUGAAACUAUUCGAUCCAAUCUCUCACUGCUGUUAGAUUUUUUGAAUAAAACAGCGUCUUUGAGUGCCAAAAGCUUCGAACUUUGAGUCUCCGAUUCCAAAAUUUUGAUCAAUUUGUGUGAUUUUUUGUGAUCGUUCAAAUCGGUUUGGUUGAUUUGCAUUUCUGAUUCGAACCCAGAAUUUUGUUUUGGAAAAAAAUUCAUCUCUGCUGUUCUAAUCAGUGUGACUCUCUUCGUCUUCCUCAGAAUUCUUUUCUUGUUAUCCGUCGAGUUUCUAGGAAAAUGGAGGCCUCUGGUUCGAACGGCGCAUCGAUUGUCACUGACGAGAUGGCGCUGAGGGGUUUGCUGGAGGCGUUCGGGCCCGCGUUUUCUCUCGAUCAAAUCGCUUCUGCGUAUUGCAAGGCGGGGAAGAAUGCUGACGACGCCGCCGAAGCUCUGGCUCUCUCUGCACCCGAUGGCGGAGAAACUUCCAGAUUACCUGUCAAUAGUAUCUAUAAGAAGCCACCGUAUCAGGCAAACGGGAAUGGGAAUGGGAAUAUGAAUGGGAACGGGAAUCCCGGAUCUUCAAAGCCGAAAUAUCGGCCGGUUUCAGCUGGUAGCGUCUCGAACAUUAUUGGGAAGCAUUAUGUUAAGAAAACGGCGCCGACACCGGCAAAUGGGUCUCGUGAAGCAACCAAGCCGUUGAAGCUGAACUCCAGUGUGUUGCCAAUGUCAGAAAUUUGGGUCGAAAACGAUAAGUCUAGUUCUUCAAAGGAUGAUCGGCUCCACCAGGACAUGGAGGAUUUUCUGUUCAGUAUGCUUGGAGUUGGGUUCAAGCUAGAGAGGGAUCGGAUUCGGCAAGUUCUUGAUAGUUGCGGAUAUGAUAUGGAAAAGAGCAUGGAAAAACUGAUUAAUCUGCCAGCAUCAACUUUCGAAAAAAGGAACGAACUUGUUGGAAAAUCCAGUGAGAAGUCUGCAGAUUUGUCCCUGAAAUAUAAAGUAUCUUCUGACAGAAAAUCCAAAAACUACACCGAAGGUAACAGAGAUAGGGCUUCAAAUACAAAAGGAGCAGAAGUUACUGAACAGGAAAAGGAGAGAAAUGAUCUCCCGAAGGGUAUUCUGGUCCUGUUUGGUGCUUCUGAGAGAACCGAGGAGACACCAGUGGAGCGACCAAGAAGUACAAUAAAGGCAGGGAGUAGAUAUGGAGCCUAUGGACACCUAGUUGCUGAACCUCCGCAAGAUUUCAUUUCAGAGUACAAGUCAGCUGUUGUGUAUCAACAGCAUCAUGUCGAGGAUGACGCAGAUGACGAAGAUAGCUACCAGGGUCUCCGUAAGUCUUGGAAGGAGUAUCGGAGUACAAUGAACGACUAUUACCAGGCUGCUGUAGCCGCAUUUGCUAAGAAGGAUCGUGAUCAAGCUUACAAACUUCUAGAACAAGGACGUUUUUUCCUCGAAAAGGCGUGUGAAGUAGAGGAGAAGUCGAAUGAAAUGAUUCUUAAACCUAGAAAUGUUGAGACACAAGGUGAAAUAGUGCUUGACGUGCAAGAAUGCGGUGCCAAGGAGGCAAUACGUCUUUUGAAGUGUCAAAUUUCCUCAUUUUCUGGUAUCUCAUCAAUCAAGUUUCUUAAGGUCAUAUGUGAUACAAAAGAGGAAGAUAUCUCAAAGGGGUCUCGAAGACGAUCAUUGAUUUUGAAGCUACUGCAGGAAGAAUCGAUUAAGUGGACCGAAGGAGAAAAUGCUGGAACAAUACUAAUCCACUUAGACACUGUUAAUCGGAGACAAGUAACUUUUGUCAAGAAGAAAUGAAAUAAAGUGCUUUCUCGAAAAGGUGCUUAUGAGAUUGAGAUUUAGGGAUGAUCGACAAUCAAAUCGUUGAAGGAGAGAGUAAUUAACUUUUGCAACAUGUGAUUUAAGAUUUUGAAAGGAGUUGGAGUGAAUUUUUGUUCCAAUUUAUGAGGUCUACUUUCUUUGAGUAAUGAAACUCUUCAAUUACCAAAGAAAAAAGAACAGGCAUUUGCAUUGUAAUGGCUUUGAACUAAAGUUUAUUUCAUCUUUUGGUUGAAAAUAUUGGUAUAUCUUUUA